AUGGACGAGAAGCUCACCUUACACUACUACUCCAGGGCGCUGCUCAUGGACGCUCUGGCGCCUCUGUUGCAGAAAUCCAGCGACGGCCGAUGUCUGUCGGUGUUGAGCGGGGGUGUGCAUGGGCCCUACGCCGGCUACGGCGAGGACCCAGACCUGUCAAAGAGCUACUCUUUGACGAAAGCCGCCAACCUCGCAGGCUUCUACAACGACAUUGCGGCCGAUGCUUUGAGUGGCACUUACCCAGGCGUGAGCUUCGUGCACGCUUGCCCUGGAUUUGUGGCCACUGCUUGGGGAACCGAGAUGCCCACUGCCAUCAAGGCCCUGGUCCGGCUCCUCCAGAAGUUGGGUCGAUCCAAGGAAGACGCAGGAGAGUAUCUGUUUCGGUGCCUGUACCACGAUGAUUUUAAAGGAGGUGGCUUCUACAUCGCAAAUGAGUAUGGCGACAGCUCGGCGAAGCUGACAAACCUCCACGCCAAAGCCAAGGACGAGGUUUGGGCCCACACGCGGCAGAUAUUGUCGAGGUUUUAA